CACAGUGUACUAUGAAGAAAUUUGGUUUUGUUCAGGAAGUAUUCAACCACCCAAUAAAUUACCUCACACUCCCAAUGAAAUUAGUGUACCCUGGAGUGUGUCUUCGACACCUGUUUUCGGAUACGUAUUUUCUGCUGUAGUUGACACCACUUAUUUUAUUUAUCUUUAUGAUGUGGAUCAUUAUAGUUCUAACAAUUCGUAUUCGAAAGUUAAUAUAACAUAUUUUAAUACAACUGGAAUUGGCGCACAUAGCAUCUUGAAAAAUAAUACUCUUUUAUUCUCUCUACGAGAUGGAAAUAGCAAAAGUACAUCUUGGUCCUUGCUUGCUGUUCAGUUACAAUUACCAGAUUGUAUUUAUGGUAAUAGGAUGAUUGCCAAUGUUACCCCGCGCAUUAAUUCUAGUGUCGAUUUAUCAACCACCAAAAUAAGUGUCAAUUUCUCUUCGCCCGUUUAUUUGUCAACUGGCAACAUCACUAUCUACCAAGCCUCUAACCACAGCAUUAGGCAGAGAGUUUCAGUAACCUCUGAGUUCUGUAAACUCAGUAAUGAUGGGAUGGUUGUCAAUAUAAGUAUUAUUGAUAGCACAUUUAAUGAGUACGGAGAGAAGUAUUAUGUGAAAAUUGAUAAUAAUUUUGCUAAAGCUAAAGAUAUUAAUGAACCUUUAAGAGGAAUUGAAAGUGAAGUUUGGAUUCUUAAAUCAGAAACUGCUGCUACGGGUUUAGCAGUUCUCACUAUGGAUGCUUCAAAAAAAUUCUUAAAAUCGUCUGGAACCGAUCAGUCAGCAUACUUUGAUAUUCUACUAGAUGAUCUUGCUUAUAAAGUACCAGUUAGUCGGGAGCGUUUAAGUUCAAAUAAGAACUUCCAGAAUUUUGACGGUCAAAUUUUCAUUUCAAUCCAUAUAGAGUUGCCAAUUGAUGGAAGAACUGAAAACACUGUUCCGGGAGUAUUUUCCAAUUUAAAUAGUAUGAUUUUGAACAAAGAAAUCACCACUUUUUCCACUGGUGUGACAAAUGAAUUAAACUCGACUUUUGGCUUUCGACCAAUAGAGAGUCCAUGGGAUAAUUUCAAAUCACAAAUAAUUGCUGCGAUU